AUGAGGGCCGGGGUCAGCACUGCCCCCAAACUCUCCCCGGGGGGGCAUUUUUGGCCGGAGAGCAGAACCGGGGCGAGCACCGAGGGGGUGACCCGGCCCGGCCCGGCCGGUCCCGCCCCGCCGGGGGUGCUGCAGCCCCGCCCCUGCAGCCCUCGCCGUGCCAGAGCCUGCAGCGGGCACUGCUCUGGGGCGAGAAGGCGGGCACCAGCCUGGGGCUCAGCAUCGCCGGCUGCCCGGGCUACGACAGCGGCCCCGGGCUACGAGAGCCGGCGCCGCUCGAGCGGAUCCGCCGCGGCCCCGACGGGCGCUUCGUGCUGGAGAGCGACCCCCCCCCCGCAGCCCGCGGAGCCCUCCGAGGAGGAGGAGGAGGAAGAAGAGGAGGAGGAGGAGGAGGAGGAAGAGCCCGUGUGGCGCAGGGGGGUCUCGCUGCGCCCCCACCCCGCGGGGCAGCCCCGGCGCGCCGGCGCCCACCGGCACGGGCGUUAUUUCGGCUACGGGGGGGGGAGCAGCAGCAGCCCCGUGGCCGAGGAGGGGGCCGGGGCCUUGUGCAUCAUCGACGUGAGCCCCGUGGCCUCCGCCGCGGCGACCACCAGCAGCAGCACCAGCAGCAGCACCACCCUGCCUUACAGCCCCGCCCGGGAGCCCCCCGAGCCCCCCCCGGGCCGGGACUGUCGCCCCGCGGCCCCCCCGGCCAUGAGCGGGAUCCUGCAGUACCUCAGCCUGCCCUUCUUCAAGGAGAUGUGCGUGGACGGCGACUGGCCCCCCCAAGAGGACGAGGAGGAGGAGGAGGAGGAGGAGGAGGAGCCCGGGGACCCCCCCCGUGCUGGCGGGCACCCCCCCGCCGGCCCCCCGCCCGCGCCGUGCCCGGACUGCAUCGACACUUGUGCCAACGCCACCCCCCCCCCUGCCACCCCUGCCCUCCUCCAGCCCCCCCGGCUGCCCCUGGGACCCUCCAAGGCCUCGCUGCCCGGCUCGCCCGCCUGGCCCCGCUGUGCCCCCCCCCACCUCCGGACUGAGCCCCCCGGGCGACCCCCGGAGCCCGCGGUGCCCCCCCCCGAGCAGCUCCCUCGGGGCAGCCUGACCAGCCAGAGCAGCGGCCGCGGCAGCGGCUCCUUCCUGCGGCCCCCCUCGCUGGCCCCGGCCCCGGGGGGCACCUUCCUGGGCAUCGGCAAGAGGAGAAACACCUCCGUGGACGAGAACUACGAGUGGGACGCGGAAUUCGCUCUGGAAUCCGAGCUCCUGGAGGCGCUGCAGCUUUACCGGGGCGCGACCACCCCCGCCCGGCCCGGGACCCCCGCCCGGCCCGGCUCCGCCAUCGCCCUGCGGGACCUUCAGCAGCGACCCCCCCCCCAGCCCCCCCCCGUGAGGUCGGUGUCGGCGUCGGGGACGCCCCCCCUCCUGCCCCAGACGACCCCCCCGGCCCGCCCCGAGGGGUCUCCGGGGGCUCGGCGGCGCAGGCAGAGGGGGGGAGCCCCUGGGUGCUGCUCAGAGCGCUUCGAGGUGGCCACGCUGCUCUAAGGGACCCGACCCCCCCCCCCCGGGACCCCCCCUCCCUGGAUCGGGGGUGAAGGGGUGAUGGGAGGGGGGAAUAAAGAG